AUGUCCUUUCACAUGACCUUCGCAGCGAUCCGCUGUUGGAUGGACACAGUGGGCCUGAAACUGGCGGAACACAAGACAGAGGCUGUGCUGAUCACCAGCAGAAAGGAAAUAGAGACAAUCUCGCUGCAGCAAACGGAGCACGUGGGUGUCAAGGCGUCUCGAGUUAGAUCCACCUUAUCACGUCUCAUGCCCAAGAUUGGAGGUCCCAAGCAAAGAAGACGAACGCUGCUUUCAUCGGUGGUCACGUCACUGCUCACCUAUGGCAUUUCCAUCUGGGCUGAUGCACUGCAGCUGCAAGACUCACGGCGAAAGAUAACACUAGUCUAUCGACUGAGUGCUCUGCGAGUAGCGAGUGCAUACAGCACGGUAUCCGAGGAUGCAGUAUGCGUCAUUUCCGGAAUGUUACCUACUGAGGUAUUGGCCGAAGAGAGAUGGUCUCUGAAACAGCGCAGCAGAGCUCAGCGCAGACGAGAGGCGUAA